UACCGCAGCUUCCGGGUGUGUUCAGCGGUGGCUUAUAUAUAUAUUGAUGCAUUGUGUUUCAUGACAGGUUAAAGGCUUCUGUGAGUUAUAUAUUGUCAAAAUGAAUCGAAUAUUUGGUCGGGGAAAACCCAAAGCACCUCCUCCUAAUCUAUCGGACUGCAUAGGAAAUGUGGAUGCCAGGGCGGAGUCUAUGGAUCAGAAGAUCUCCCGUCUGGAUGCUGAACUGAUUAAGUAUAAAGACCAAAUGAAGAAGAUGAGAGAAGGACCCUCUAAGAACAUGGUGAAGCAGAAAGCUAUGAGGGUUCUGAAGCAGAAGAGACAGUAUGAGGGCCAGAGAGACCAGCUGGCUCAGCAGUCCUUCAACAUGGAACAGGCCAACUACACUAUACAGUCCCUCAAGGAUACCAAAACUACAGUGGAGGCUAUGAAGAUUGGAGCUAAAGAGAUGAAGAGAGCUUACAAGGAUGUGAAGACUGAUCAGAUAGAAGACCUACAGGAUCAGCUGGAGGAUAUGAUGGAGGAUGCCAACGAGGUUCAGGAGUCUCUGAGUCGCAGCUACGGAACUCCUGACAUAGAUGAGGAUGACCUGGAAGCAGAGCUGGAUGCCCUAGGGGAUGAGUUGUUGCUGGAUGAUGACAGUUCCUACCUGGAUGAGGCUUCCUCUGCCCCCUCCAUCCCAGAGGGCAUACCCAACGACAGUAAAACCAACAAGGAUGGCGUUCUGGUGGAUGAGUUUGGUCUGCCACAGAUCCCUGCUACAUAAAACUACAGAUCCCUGCUACAUAAAACUACAGAUCCCUGCUACAUAAAACUACAGAUCCCUGCUACAUAAAACCACAGAUCCCUGCUACAUAAAACUACAGAUCCCUGCUACAUAAAACUACAGAUCCCUGCUACAUAAAACUACAGAUCCCUGCUACAUAAAACUACAGAUCCCUGCUACAUAAAACUACAGAUCCCUGCUACAUAAAACUACAGAUCCCUGCUACAUAAAACUACAGAUCCUUGCUACAUAAAACUACAGAUCCCUGCUACAUAAAACUACAAAUCCCUGCUACAUAAAACUACAGAUCCCUGCUACAUAAAACUACAGAUCCCUGCUACA